AUGUCCUUCUUCAAUCUAGAUCUUGCAACGAAAAUGGCCUCCAGACAAGCUAUCAACCGACCAGACUUCUUGUCACCAAUUCUCUCAGAAGCGAUCGUCCACAAUGAGCUUGUCUUCUGCAGCGGAAAGAUUGGUGUCGACGCCAAAACGGGGGACUUGUGUCAGACGACGUGGCUGAACAGACUAAUGAAUGCCAUGGGAGUGCUCAAGCUGAAUAUUCAGCAGGUCAAUAUCUACCUCACCAAUAUAGCUGAUUUCGCUGCUAUGAAUGCUGUCUACAUCGCCUCUGUACCCGACCCAAAGCCUGCUAGAGUCUGUGUCACCGUUUCAGAGCUAGGACGGGGUGCUAAAGUUGAGAUUGACUGUGUUGCGAUCGCCGAGAGUGCUCUAUAA